CUUCGCAACAACAAUCUUAUCUGCAGUCCUCAAGACAAACACAAAUCCUCAACAAAGAACAAAACAAGGAAAAUGCAUUUCACUGGUGCUGCUGUCCUCGGCCUCCUGCCAGCCCUGAGUCUGGCCACUCCAUUUCCUCAGAACGCUGGCAACUCUCCAGGCUCAAACAUGUGCGAUGCUUCGACCUUCAACAACGGCAAGACCUACAAUAUUCAACAGGCACCGGUGUCGGACUGCCGAGCGCUCAUCGCUAGUGUCGACAGACAGGCAACCUUUUCGUUGAACCAUAGCUGGGCAAGACCUUACACUAAGAACCAAUGCGCUUUCAGCGUUCGCGUUAUUGCUGGUAGCAAGCCCGGCCUGGUUGGUGGUGCCGACAUAGUCGAUCUGGUCACAGAUUCUAUCAAGAAUUUUCAAGAAAGCGGAAAAAUUUCUUGCAGAGGCCAAUACGGACAAGUCGUAUCGGCAGAGGGCGAGGUUGAUUGUAACGCUCUCGGUGGUGAUCGGGUCAGAGUGGAAUGGAUCCUGGCCAGCUCAGCGUACAACCCACCGAACUGAUAGGCCAUCUGGUGGAUACAUAGGAGUAGUCGAUAUAGAAAAUAGCUUCUUGGUUUUGAAGAGUUGUGUUUCCAAUAGACUGUUUCAUUAUCGAUGCAACGCAUCGAUCGUGUCAGCAA